UGCCGUGGGCACCCACGGGACGUGGAUGCUGUAGGAAGAUGCCGUGCGGAGCCUGCGGCCAGGCGGUGCUGGUGCUGCUGACCCUCUCCCUCGGCUUCGCAGCCGACGAGCUGCUGUGCGCCUGCGACGUGCCGCACUGCAGCCUGCCCACCUGCACGGGCAAGGUGUGCUUCGUCAGCAAGAGGAAGGAGGAGGGGACCAUCACCCAGCACAGGGGCUGCUUCUCCCAGAACAUCCUGGAGAACUGCCGCACGCCUGUGACGGAGCAGUACGGCAUGAGGUGCUGCGACUCCAACAUGUGCAACGCCGAGCUGGAGAUCUUCCUGCAAGGAGAAGAGGCCCUAGGAAAGGCGCCUUCCCUGCCCAACCUCCUGCUGAUGAUCUUCGUCCCGCUGCUCGCCCUCCUCGUCCUCGCGGCGCUCACGGUGCUCUUCUUCUGGAAGGUGGCCCAGCACCGCCACAAGAAAAGUGACUUGGGAGACAUGGACCUCAUGCUGAAGGCAUCCAUGGUGGGAGACAGCACUUUGGAGGACUUGCUGAACGACGACUGCACCACGGGCAGCGGCUCGGGGCUGCCCUUCCUCGUCCAGCGAACGGUGGCUCGGCAAAUCACCCUCGUGGAGUGCGUGGGCAAAGGACGCUAUGGUGAGGUGUGGCGAGGUGUGUGGCACGGGGAGAGCGUGGCCGUGAAGAUCUUCUCCUCCCGGGACGAGCAGUCGUGGUUCCGCGAGACGGAGAUCUACAACACCGUCCUCCUCCGGCACGACAACAUCCUGGGCUUCAUCGCCUCUGACAUGACAUCGAGGAACUCCAGCACCCAGCUCUGGCUCAUCACCCACUACCACGAGAACGGCUCGCUCUACGACUACCUGCAGAGGACAGCCCUGGAUGUGGAGACCUGCCUGGGGUUGGCCUCCUCCAUCAUCUGCGGCCUCGUCCACCUCCACGUGGAGAUCUUCGGCACCCAGGGCAAGCCCGCCAUUGCCCACCGUGACCUGAAGAGCAGGAACAUCUUGGUGAAAAGCAACCGGCAGUGCUGCAUCGCAGACCUGGGACUGGCCGUCAUGCACUCCCAGGGCAGUGACUACCUGGACAUCGGCAACAACCCCCGGGUGGGCACCAAGCGCUACAUGGCCCCGGAGGUGCUCAGCGAGCAGAUCCGCACCGACUGCUUUGAGUCCUACAAGAAGACGGACAUCUGGGCAUACGGGCUGGUGCUCUGGGAGAUCGCCCGGCGGACGGUGGUGAACGGCAUCGUGGAGGAGUACCGGCCACCCUUCUUCGACGCUGUCCCCAGCGACCCCAGCUUCGAGGACAUGAAGAAGGUGGUGUGCGUCGACCAGCAGACCCCCGUGAUCCCCAACCGCCUCUUCUCCGACUCGGUUUUGUCAGCACUGGCGAAGAUCAUGAAGGAGUGCUGGUACCAGAGCCCCUCGGCCCGCCUCACCGCCCUGCGGAUUAAAAAGACGCUGAAGAAGCUGAACAAUUCCCUGGAAAAGCCUAAACCAGAGUAGUGAGCGCCGGGCACACACCGGAGCCGCUCACAGGCUGCACCGGGGACGGCGGUGAAGCCAACGCUACCGGGACAGCUGCCGGUCAUAGAGGGGUUUUGCUCACAGCCCCCACCUUUCCCACCCCUCCUCGGUGGCUUUUUAAUUUGCAAGGAGGGAAAAAAUAGGAAAAAAAAAAAAGCAAGAGAGGAAUCUUCCAGCCUGGUUAUAAAAAUACCCGCCCCGGAUCCA